AUGCCGGGGUUCCCGCACGAGCUGGGAGCUUUCUCUGCGUCGUCCGUUUCUUCUCUCUUCUUUCUCCUCUCGACUUUACUCUUCCUGUCGGCCGCCUGUUACCUGAGAGGACCUCCGAAGAAUAAGGAGGACCUCCGCCUGCCGCCGUCCCCGCCCAAACUCCCCCUCAUCGGUAACCUCCACCAACUCAGCGCCCUGCCUCACCGCCCCCUCCGAGAGCUCUCCCGCAAGUACGGCCCCCUCAUGCUCCUCCACCUCGGGCAGUCGCCCACCCUUGUUGUCUCCUCCGUGGAGGCGGCGGGGGAGGUGCUCAAGACCCAAGACAUCGCCUUCGCCACCAGGCCCUUCUCCGCCGCCGCCGCUGUCCUCUUCUACGGCUGUCGCAACAUGACCUUCGCCCCCUACGGCAAGCACUGGCGGCGGGUUAGGACGGCCGUCGUCGUCCACCUCCUCAACCUCAAGAAGGUCCAGUCCCUCCGCCGGACACGGGAGGAGGAGAUCGCCCUCAUGAUCCGGAAGAUCUCGUCGUCUCCUUCUCUGGCGACGGUGGACCUGAGCGGGAUCCUCCACGCCUUCUCCAACGGCCUCAUGUGCAGAGUCGUCACCGGGAAUUGCCCGGAGAGGGAAGUUUGGUCGGAGAGGUUCCGGGAGGCGAUCGACGAAUCCACGGCGCUGCUCAGUCGCCCGAGACUGGAGGAGCUCUUUCCGAGCUUGGCGUGGGUGACAAGGCUUCCUGGAGCAGACUCAAGGUUGAAGAAGGUGGCGAAGAAGUUAGAUGUCCUCCUCGACGAAAUCAUGACGGACCACGAGAGGCGGGCGGGAAGGAGAGAUCAGGCGGAGGAGGUCGACUUCCUCGACCACCUUCUCUCUGCCGACACGGCAAGCGACUAUGCCUUUUCCAGAGAAGAUUUGAAGGCCAUCUGCCUCGUGAGCUGCCACCAUGGAUUAUCCUCUCUCUCUGUCUGACAGACGUGGGUUUUAGGUCAUCUUCACCAUCGUCUUUCCUUCCAGGAACUCAUCGGCGUCGGGUCGGACACCUCGUACGUGGUGCUAGAUUGGGCGAUGGCGGAGCUGAUGAGGAACCCAGCGAUGAUGGAGAGGACCCAGAGAGAAGUGAGGGAGGUCGCCGGGGGGAGGCCCGCCCCCACGGAGGACGACGUCGCUCGGAUGCCCCACCUGCGGGCGAUGGUGAAGGAGGUCUUACGGCUUCACAUGCCGGCGCCGCUCCUCCUCCCGCGGGAGUCCAUGGAGGCCACACGCGUACUUGGCUACGACGUCCCCGCCGGGACGAGGGUCUUCAUCAAUGCCUGGGCGAUGGCGAGGGAUCCGCAGUGGUGGGAGGCGCCGGAGGAGUUCCGGCCGGAGAGGUUUCUCCGGGAGGAGCCGCCGCCGGCGGACCUCCGGGGGAGCGAUUUCCAGUUCCUUCCGUUCGGGACCGGGAGGAGGAUGUGCCCGGGGAUGAACUUCGCGCUCUGCGUGGUGGAGCUGGCCCUCGCCGGUCUCCUCUACCACUUCGACUGGUCUCUGCCCGCCGGCACGGCGCCGGAGGACCUCGACAUGGCCGAGUCCCCACGAAUCGUCGUCCACCGGAAGAUGCCCCUCGGCCUUGUUGCGAUUCCUCGCUCUCCGAGCUCGGCUGUGGUCGCCUGA